AUGGGCUGCAAUUUGUGCACCUUGCAGAAACGAGAGGAACACUACAAACUGCUCUAUGAGAUCGCACAGGAAUCCCCUCAUGAGGCACUGUGCUCUGUUUUGCAUCAGGUUAACGGGCGUGACUUCUCCAAGGCUGACCAUGAAGAGGCGGUGGUGGAGGCCAUCAGGCGAGACCCCAUCGUUGUCCAGGUUCUCAGGCGGACCCCCACCAGAGCCGCGGGGGCAGUCGCGCACAGCCACGGCGGCUCGCCGCAGGACGUGUGCGUGGUCGACGUGUGCACGCAAACAGACAUCACCUUCGAGCACAUCAUGGCCCUCGCCAAGCUCCGGCCCGCGACCCCCCCGGUGCCGGACAUUUGCCCCUUCCUGCUCUCCGACAGCUGUCAUUCUAUCCACACCAUGGAACACGAGUACUAUGAAUGUCCUGAGUACCUGUCCAACACCCCAGCAGAGGUGGAGAGGACAGAAGAGUAUGAGUAUGAGGAAGUGGAACUGUGUCGGCAGAACUGCCAGGAAAAGCUCGGUCUGACGCUGUGCUACCGCACCGAUGAUGAGGAGGACACCGGCAUCUAUGUCAGCCAGGUGGAGCCAAACAGUAUAGCAGCAAGAGACGGACGCAUAAAAGAGGGCGAUCGCAUUCUGCAGAUAAAUGGCUGUGAAGUACAAGACCGGGAGAAAGCCGUUGCCCUGUUGUCAAGUGAAGAAGCAAGGAGCAUCACGCUUCUGGUGACGAGGCCAGAAGUCCAGCUGGAAGAAGAGGCUGGGUGGUUGGAUGAUGAGCAACAGGAGCUGGUGGAGGAGCUGAAGAUGGAGAUCCUGGAAGAGAGGAGGAAGCAGAGAGAUCUUAGCUAUGACAGGAAAGAUGAGCCUCAAGUAGAAGAGGACUUGACAACAGACACAGCUACCUGUUCCUCAAACAAUCAAGACAGCGGGUUUGGACGCAGUACAGACAGUCCGGAGCACCAGCCCCUGCUGGGCCGACUCCACCGGAGGAGCCCAGCCCGAUGCCUGAGGGAGCGAUGGCUGUCCGAGCAUCCACACACCAAGAGAGGAGUGCAAAUGGAAGCCCAGGGUACAAGAUCCCUGGGUACAAGAUCCCUGUCCACAAGCCAAGGGCACGAAGGGGUAGCGAACGUUCGGAAUGGUUCGGGUGGAGUCCUGGGUUUGGAAAACUGCUUCCAACAACUCCUAGAGCUCAAGUGUCAAAUACGAAACGGAGGCGAGUGCGGGGUCUACUCCAUUCGACACAGUAUAGAGUGCAGCCUCACCGAGCCAGGCAGAGGGGACGAGGAGGGUGAGGACGAUGAGGGAGGAGGGGGAGGGGUGGAGCAGGAGUUGAGGAUGCUAAAUGAGGAACUGCGCAGCAUCGAGUUGGAAUGCCAGAGCAUCAUGCAAGCCCAUCAGCUCCGCCAGUCCCAUCCGCUGGAGCAGCCCACGCCCUGCUCACCGGGCAGGAGCCCCAAAGACGGACACAAGCGCCACGGCAGGCUGGCCGACAUCCACGAGCACCCAGAGAGGUUUGACAGCGAGAAGAUUCACGAGAAGGACAGUUCCAGCGCUUACAACACGGCAGACAGCGCCCGGUCCACGCCACUCGGCAUGGAGAGAUCCCCUGACCUCUCCCUGCAGAGACAGAUCAGCAUCACCAACCAGAAAAACCUCAGACUGGCCUCUUCGGUACCCUCCAAUCCCAUCGCUAUCCCCAAGCCCCAAAGCACAGCUAAACGAUGUAGACCUGUAGAUCCAGGUCCGGUUAUCUCAAGCAGCCCCGACCAGAGCAACCCUUCCCGGUCUGAGUCGGACCCAUCUCUGCCAGCAGACGACGAAAGAUGUGAGAAGAAGGGAAGGAGCAGAGAUUCCAGGAGAGGGCUCCCUUAUGGAUCCUCAUACCAGGCAGCCACGUACCAUGGCCAGGGAGGCUCUAAACAACUACAGAGCUACAUGCAGCUGCUGCAGCAGCACUCGUCCCUGGAGUAUUCUCAGAGCCAGCUGAGUCUCCUCAGCCUGUGUCGAGAUCCCGUGCACCGGAACGGACGCUCCGGGGAGCCUCGUCUGGAGUGGAAGGUGAAAGUUCGCGCCGAUGGGACGCGCUACGUGGCGCGCAGACCUGCUCGCGACCGCAUACUGAGGGAGCGGGCGCUGAGGAUCAGAGAAGAGAGGAGUGGGGGCAUGACCACAGACGAUGACACCAUCAGUGAGAUGAAGAUGGGCCGCUACUGGAGUAAGGAGGAGAGGAAGCAGCACAUGGCACGGGCCAGGGAGCAAAGAAAGAGGAGGGAGUUCAUGCAGAAAAGUCGGCUUGAAUGUCUGAGGGAGGGACAGACGAGUGCAGCGGAGGGCAGGAAGGAGGUCAACAUCCUGGAGCUCAGUCACAAAAAGAUGAUGAAGAAACGAAACAAAAAGAUCCUGGACAACUGGAUGACUAUCCAGGAGUUGAUGAGCCACGGGGCCAGAGUCCCAGAGGGCUCCAAAGUACAUAAUGCCUUCCUUUCUGUCACCACUGUUUAACUGAGCUCUUCACAACCCGGGCCUGGGACCACUGCUUGGUUUUAUAAACUGUUUAUAAGAUUGGACAAAAUGUUGAUGGUGAGGAGUUUCGUAGCAAUUCAGAACUUUGUACUUUUUCAAGAAUGUUUGGCCAUCAGUACCAGCUGAUGAGCCUUUGCAAACAAUGGCGUUGUUGGUGUUGAACUGGCAUCUUGUAGCAGUUUGGUUCAACAAAUUCGUAAAGUGGAGGAACCAACACAGUAACUUUGUGUAUACUUUCUAUUGUGACUCCAUACUCUUCAUUCAUCGGUUUCAUAUGAAGCGAUUUCACUUGCCUCGUUCAAAGUGGCUUUUUUUUAAAUGAGGAAAUUAUAGUAUUUUUCACAGUUUGUAAUCUCUGUAACUUUUUGUAUGGAAAUUUUUACACUGAAUGUCGAUGUACUUGAAGCUGUUUAUUGCAGUUUAUUUAUAUUCAAACCGUCAAUGUUAAGGUGAGACUAUUUGAUUGUACUGUAGCCCAGACCAAGAGAUGAAUGAUAACUCUACUAGGGACAACCUAUGGACAGCUCUCUAUAUAAACACUUCAUUUUUACUGUGUUAAUAUCGCACGAGUCAGAAUUGUGUGGCAACUGUAUAGCACUCAAUUUAAAGCACUAAAAAUGUUUGAAUGCCAUCUUAACGGCUCAUUUGUUCUUGAGCUGGAGGGCUUUUUUUUAAACAGUCUUACCUCAACAUGCAGUCAAAACUCUGCUCAAGAUUUCAAUACCAGCCUGAUGGAAUCAGUGACAACCUCCAACAAUUAUCUUUGAGUAUAAAUCUGUGAUUUAUUUGAAAUAUUUUAAUCAGAUUCUUAUUUAUAUUGGUUACCGUCAUUGAUAUUUAUUGUAAAUGAUUUUUUAUGGUCCGUCUGAUCACCAUUAAGCGGCUAUCCUUGAGAAGUCAACACUUUUAAUGGGACUGUAAAGGUGGAUUUUUGUGCAGCCUUUCACAUGGAAACUGCUGCUUUUUACUGUAAAGAGGCCUUGAGUUCAGUAUUUGUUGAUUGUGGUGUUUGUAAUAAAACAACAAUAAAGCCACAGAAUUCUAUUGUC